AUGCCGGAGAACCUCGAGAUCAAAGUGAUGAUAGGAGGCGGUGCACGUGCGCAUUCACCACGUUUUGAAAAAUUGAACGUUGUUGUGCAUGCUUGGAUCCAAGGUUUGAAGAUGCCGACCGCUCAACACAAAAUCUCUUGCAGCGCUCGGCCAGCUGCUGCAGGUUUGUGGAGCGUCUUGCUACCAGAGGUGCUAGCCUCGACGAACACCAAAAAGAAUCGAAAUGUCAUUGCUUCGAUACCAAAUGUCGAAAUGGCCGCUCCGAUCAAACCACCGCAUGGGAUUCAGAGGAUUCUUCAAGUCGAUAAUCUGCAAGCAAAAGGAGAUACGGGGCCGCAGAUCGACAGCGCAGCCAAUGUGGGUAAUCGUAACGCCGCAAGGGAAGAAGGUUGA